AGCAGGUGACGCCCCUGGAGGUCAUGACCUUCCUGAACCAGCUCUACAGCCGCUUCGACGCCAUGCUGGACAUCUACCGUGUCUACAAGGUGGAGACCAUCGGCGACUGCUUCAUGGUAGCAGGCGGGCUAGUGGCGCAAGACGAGGAGGGCUGGAAGACCACCAUCACACACGACCAGCUGCACGCGGUUCGAGUGCUGGCAUUCGCAAAGGCGAUGUUGCGAGAGGCUCGGAAGGUCCAGUUGCCCACGGGAGGUCCCGUCCUCAUGCGGGUUGGCAUGCACAGCGGCCCGGUCAUGAGCGGUGUGGUGGGUUCAAGGAUGCCUCGCUUCUGCCUCUUCGGCGACACAGUGAACACGGCCAGCCGCAUGGAGAGCACUUCGAAGCCGGGACGCAUCCACGUCUCCGGUGAUACGCAGGCUCUGCUGCCUAACGAGCGAUGGGAGCCUACAGGAGGCGUGCAGGUCAAGGGCAAGGGCGUGUUGCCCACGUACCUCUGGGCCAGCGACGCAUGCGAGGAGAAGGGCGAGCAGCUGCAACGAGUCCUCGGAGUCUAUUUGUGAGGCGAGCCCUGCUGCUGGAGGCCUGAAGCUUUCGAGCAACAUGUGAGGCACUGGUAUCAAGUAGGCGUCGGCGAGGAAUGAAGCGGGGUCGAGGACGGGAGCGCUUGCUGCAGCGCCCUGUGCAGGCACGGCACGCCAUAUCGCGUGCCGGAGGUUGCGGAAGCGACCUCCGGGGUUGUGGCAUUGCAAGAUUGCAGGAUUGCCGUGAUGCGGGUACGAGGGAUGGUCGCGUGCAUGGGAGGGGGUGGGAGGCGUGGGAGAGAAUUAAGUAUCUUAGUAUGCGGCGAGAGUAAAGGCACAUUGCUAUGGAGCCUUUUAUUAGAGGACAAGAGCGUCACCAACGGAGGGUUGUUGUGUUUAGAGGAAUAUGUGGUAAAUUUCAACGUGCCAUGCUAUUUAGUAGGCCGACCUGUAAAUGGGGCUAAAUUAGAAUGUUGAGAGGAGACGCAAGCUAGAGGAAGAUAGAGCGGUGCACAGCCUGGGGUGCUUCCUCAUGCUUGAGAGGGUAGGAGAGGGUAUUCGUGUGCUUCUUGGCAUGGUUUCCAACGAUCCCUACUAUUUGAGAGCGUUGAAGUAUAACAUAGGGAGAAUAAACAGUGCCACCUUAAGGCACGGUGUGGAUGAGGAAGAUAACCCACUCAGGCGCUACUAAAGACGGUAGAAGACUACUGAGGCAGAACAAGAGGCUAAUGGAGGGAUAGUACCAAGAGAGGGCCUGUGAGAGGAGAUCACCUUAACCUUGACCUUAACGGCUGCUGUACAAGACGGUUCGCACGUGUGUCACGCGCGCUAACUAGCUUAGUAUGGAGGGUAUGCUGCAGUGUGCGACGGGGUGAGUUGUUGGAGAUGUAGCAGCUGAUUGUUGGCGAACCUUUCCCAACUGCAGCGCCACACUGUAGGGUUAGAGCGCCGUGCGAUGAGCCUGAUGAUGAGAGAGUUGUUUGAGGUGCGAGUUAUGGAAAGUCCCUUUCAUUUUACUGCGAACUAGCUAACUACGAGCGACAGUGGUUACUGGAAUGUAGCGUUAUGCCAGAGCGAGACAGAUUGAGGACGAGGGGCGACAUCAGCAGCCACCACCAGCUGCUGCUGUUGCUACUGCUAUUUCGGUGUGCAUGUAUCAAUUAGGGGAUUGCGGUGGCGAUAGCCUAGCAGCCGCAUGUGUAGACGGUUGCUUGAGGCGAUACGGGUACAGGGCUUGGAAAGGGAGUGUGCGUUGGCCGGAGACAACUUACAACGCACUGCACGGUGCAUGUGGGGGCUGUCGUGGCUCUGUAGGCUGGUGGAGGGCCUGCAAGUGCGUAAGACUUAUGCAUGGCAGCAUAGGCUUUGUCCUGUUGUCAAGGGGAUUAGGAGGGCGGCGAGCGUGGCUAAGGAUGCGUGGGCGCGUUAAACGAUUGGAGUAGAGACGGGAAGCAUGUUGCUGUGGGCUUUCGGGCAUGCCGACUGUAGCAUUGGGUUCGGAUGUUCAUGCAUGACGGAGCGGAGACAAGUUUGGCCAUUGCGCUGGUAUUUUGAAUUUUUUGCUGCCCUUGCUUGUACGACAAUAUUGUAUGACGGUAUAGAUAGCGAGUACCCUACAUGACCGUACUUCUGCGCCGUACGUGCAUGCUGGCUAUUUGCGGCAUUUCUUGCAUGCUGCUCAUGGAUGCCCGCAUUGUUAGUUGGGUGCGUCUGGGACGGAGGCACUAGGGGAGGGGUCCGCAUGGCCCGGCCGUAAACAGCCGUUUACUGAAUACCCGUUGGGAGGUAUUGCCACCCAACGGAGUGCUUCUGAGGCAUGAGUACUUGGCUUGUGCUGGGUACUUCGUUGCAAAUUUAGUUAAUGAGCUCAUUUUCGGCGUUGAUUUCUGGUAGGAGCGUCGGAGCGUCUUAGUGUCCUAAUCAGUAGCACCGGCUGUUGGAAUGUGGCGUUCAGGCUGGGGAGUGGGGACCGAUCAGUGAAGAAGCACUAGUACGUAAUGUAAAUACGUCGGGGAUUAGAUCCUUUGGGUAAGUGUCCUUGUACGGGGUGUACGGAUGUACGAAUGCAUCGGGGCAACUUGCCGCCCAUACUCUAAAGCAGUGUGGCGGGGUGCGUGGAAUGGUGUGCCGGUAUUGUGUGGAGACAAGCAGCCGUCGGAAUGGGCGGCAAAGACAAGGAAGGCGCAUGCGAAUGUGUUUUGGUGAGGUAUGAUGGUGAUGUAUGUGAUGCAAUGAUACUAGCGAAGGUGAUGAACAGAAGAAGCAGUGGUGGCACCGAUACAAUGGCGGCAAUGGCGAUGGCGGAUGGCGGCGGUAAUGGUAUUGGUAAUGGUGACUGCAAUGGUGAUACGACUGAUGGUAUGGCAGCGGCAACAGCUGUUGCCGCUGCCGUGACGGGCAGGGGGGAAUUGGACACAUAACGGUCAGGCCUCAAGAUGGCAUACGUUGCACGUUGCAUGGCGUUUCACUUGGCGCACGUUCUAAUGCGGCUAAAUACGGCUAAAUGUAUGCCGUACAAGCACAAUCCUCUGUACGGCGCUGGAAAGCGGCAUUUGUUGCUCGUCUAGCGUGCAUUUUGUUUGGCAUGAAGUACCGUGAGAUUACUUAUGAGAGAAUACGUGAAGGUUCGUGGCCGCUGAGUGCUUUUAGCCUUCUGUUUUACAUAGGGCGGCCGUAUGAGAGAUUGAGGGUAACUCAAGGGACGAAGAUGAAACAUGGGGGUCGAGUUGCCUCUCUUACACGUCUGUCCCCUGCUUUGUCUCCGCGUCCAUUCGCACAGCGCUGAUGGACGCCUGAUGGAUGUGAUGAGGGUCCAUCUAGUGUAUCGUGCAGUGGUUUACUUGAGUGGGAGUGAGCUUUUCAAUCAGUAGAUGUGGAGGCGGUGUCGUACACAGCGUUGUACGGGAUUAACACAUUGUCAUCACGGCGGCAUUGUACGGGAUAAACGCGGAGCAAAAGCUGGUUCGG